GACGAAUCCGGUCCUGAAAUCAAUAAGAUGGAAACAGAAAUGAGUGGAAUUGACGAUAUGGACGAGCAGGGAAGCAAAGACGAACCCAGUCCUGAAAUCAAUCAGAUGGAUCUAAAAGUGGAUGAAAUCAAUAAGAUGGACGCAGAAAUGAGUGGAAUUGACGAUAUGGACGAGCGAGGCAGCCAAGACGAACCCAGUCCUGAAAUUAAUCAGAUGAACGCAGAAAUGGGCGAAAUUGACAAUAUGGACGAGCGAGGCAGCAAAGACGAACCCAGUCCUGAAAUCAAUCAGAUGGAUCCAGAAGUGAGUGGAAUUAACAAUAUGGACGAGCGAGGCAGCAAAAACGAACCCAGUCCUGAAAUCAAUCAGAUGGAUCCAGAAGUGGGUGAAAUUGACAAUAUGGACGAGCGGGGCAGCAUAGACGACCUCGGUCCUGAAAUCAAUCAGAUGGAUCCAGAAGCGAGCGGAGUUGACAACAUUCAAGAUGAAAAUGGUAAUCCUAAACUUAAAGGAAGAGAAGCAUAUAUCCUCCAAAGGUUACCCAUUACCUAUACUCUCUUGCUGCUCUGUAUUGACAAGUGUAAGCAAACAUCAAAGCAAUUUUUUUCUGCCCUUGCCGUCAGGGAGUAUCAAGUAUUAUAAGAGAGGAGUAAGUACCGUAACAAAACAGAUAUCAAAAUUUAGCCCACAAUCUCUGUCGGCUCGACUAUUAUAAGAAUGAACAACAAGUGGCACACAAGCACCUCUUUGCGAUUUCAACACCUUGCGUCCACAUAGAAAACACAGGAUUCAAACUUUAACUUUUUUGUCAUCAGCUUUAUCAAAAAUUAUACACUUCUAAAACAUCGCGAGUCACUGGCUUGCGUAGCUAUGUAUGACUCGUAUAGCACAACUGGGUUCUGACCGCCCGAAAGCAAGCCCCCUAGCUAUUACAACUCUCAGGGGCUGUACUCUGAGAUGUGGGGUAACAUUUAUCGGUAAAGUCGAUCUGCUUUUUUUCUCUUUCAUUUUUUUCCGCAGAUCCCGCGACUGAGGAACCAACAACGGAGGAACCUAUCAUUAUCAUAACAUGCGGACCACCUAAAAAGCCUGAGACUAACGCCCCACCGACUGAGAAACCUGUUACAGUCGCCCCACCCACGGAGAAGCCCGUACCUAAACCUAAACCUAAACCUAAACCACCUGUUAAGAAACCUAAAAGUUAGUGAAUUUUGCAACCAUAACGCGGGGCCUUCUUUUCAAGUGGGUGGCGAGUUUCUGUGAAAAACAAAUCACUGUGUUUCAUUCUAUAAUCGUGACCUCCCUCAAAUUAAAACCAGUUGAAAUUACUGCAAGUCAAUGUGGAAACAAACUUGUGGCGCGGGGUUAAAGAAUUCGGAAAAAAUAUUCCCAUUGCCUCGUAAUUUCCGGCAACACCUUUUGUGCAAAAACCGUAGUAUUUCACAGCUAAACCUGACUUUUUUUAAUCAGAGACCAAGGGUGCUGUCACGCUUACUCAUUCUUGUAUUGAUAUCUUUAUUUUCUUCACAUCAACAGAGAAAGGAAAAAAAGGAAAGAAAGGAAAGAAAGGAAAGAAAGGAAAGAAAGGAAAGAAAGGAAAAGGAAAGAAAGGAAAAGGAAAGAAAGGAAGAAAAGGUAAAGAAAAUAACAAAAUAAAGGUAACAAUUGUUUAUCAAAACCGAAAAAAUUUUGACCAGCACAGCGUGUUCCAAGAGAGACAGUUACAGACGAAAGGCGUAUUGUUAAUCAAAAAUAACUUAACUUGAUGAGGGGGGGCUAAUUGACAUGUAUAAUUAAGUUAAAUUUGAUCAUUCCAAGCCCUCAAAAUAACUGCAAACUUAUUAAAGGACCUGCCUCACGGCUUGCUUCAUAUUCUUCAUACCUAACGAUCCUUCUUUCAUUUUAAUUUACCCUUACCCUUUGGAUUUCGUCCACCCUGUUAUUGUUUUUUUGUUUGUUUGUUUGCUUGUUUUUUGUUUUUUUCUGAGGUUUAGCUUUAAUUGUAAAACUGUAACAAUAAGUCAAGUUAUCACAUGACCCGUAUGGCCCUGAGUGUUCAUUGUUGAAAAACAUUAUCACAAAACAAACUUAAGGGGGAGGCCAAUGGAAGCGAAUGCACUAACAGGGCUCUAAAGUGUUGCGAGGCUCAGCGUUCGUUCCUUCUAGCUGAGAGAAGAAAAAAGUAACGAGAAAAAGCGGACGUCAUAAAGUUAAAUGCCUAUUAAUUGGGUAGAGUCGGGUAGAAAAAAGAAGUUCUGUACUCGAACCAAGUAACCCAUGCAAUCGGAGCUUAUCCUGAUUUCCAAACCAUGAAGCGACUGGGAGUAUUACCACUCCCCCCCCUAGAUAGGAUGUCACUCCUUCGCUAUCCAUCACCCAGUGUUUUUCCACUGACGUUACACGGCCUGCAAGUGUCCAACAAGGACCUCUAUUCGUGGAGUUCCGCGCAUUUUCCAUAUGGCCACCGUGUUUCAGACACCCGGCCGGACGGAAAAACAUUUUGCCCCCAGUCAUGUCGUACGUACCUAGCAUAGCGAGCCACACAUUUUCCCAUCCGAUCUUCCACCCAGUCAAUGAGUACACAUUAUUGAAACUCUUCCCUGUCUGAUUCACUUGUUCACAAAUAUAAAUUUAUAGGGUAAAUGGGUGGACAAGGAACUUGAACUUUCUUUUCCAUUCCCAAUGGAACUGGUCUUUUUUUCUCUUUUUUUAAACAGGAUAAAGACGAAGAGGUCGAGGACGAGGUCGACGAAAUAUGAAACAAAACUUUGGCAAUAAACUUUUGUGUCGACUGGCAUACUUCUUAUUUAGUUUUCUCCCACCCGCGUGAUACUGGGUCAGAUGUGAAAUUUCAGUUGUUUGUUGUUAUUCACCCUUUCACUCCUAAGAGUGACCAGCAUCCAAAAUGUAACUUCUCCUUAUCAUAUCA